AUGUCCAUGUUGUCCUCUGUUAUCAAAACUACAACCCUACCAGCAUCCAUCAAAACCAAUAAGUCAACUGAGUUUUUCUUGUGUGUUAAGUACAUAGGAAGACUUGGAAAUAACUUAUUUCAGUUUGCCUCUGGAUAUGGAAUAGCUGCCUCGAAAGGUAUGAAAUUAGUUGUAGGAGUAACUGAUAAAAUUAACAAAAUAUUUCAAAUACAAAACAGUAAAAUCAUUCAUAUCAGCAGAAACAAACAGGAGUGUAACAACGCAAUAUUUCGCAGAGAACAUCAAGCGUGUGCUUAUGAUAAAAAUGUCGUAGAUUUUAAACCAGAUGCAACAUAUCGUGUAGGACGAUAUUUACAGUCAUGGAAAUACUUCCAUAAUGUGUCAAAUGAACUACGAGAAAUUCUUAAAUUUAGGAAUCACAUUCAAACAAAAGCAAAAAGGUUAAUGGCAAAUGUUUUAAGGAAAUACAAUACUGCUAGAGAGAAUGUCACCUUUAUAGCUGUCCACGUAAGACGUGGAGACAUGGUCGACUCUGGACAUGGUUAUUUGGUUGCAACCAAGGAGUAUUUUGAAAAAGCAUUCCAAUACUUUAGAAGUUACUCCAGUCCCAUUUUUGUUGUUUGCUCCAAUGGUCUCACUUGGAGUAAAGCAAAUAUGCCUAAAAACUUCACGGUCGAAUUUAUUGACAGAAAUUCACCGGAAGAAGAUUUGGCUUUAAUGGCGUCCUGUGAUCACGUGAUUUCGUCGGUUGGUUCCUACAGCUGGUGGGCAGGAUGGUUCACAAACGGAACAGUUACAUACUAUAAAUGGCCCAUUGUCGAAAAAUCAAAACGUCGAAUUGCGUACAGCUCGGAUUUCAUGGAUUAUUUCUACCCACAUUGGAUAGGUUUAUAACAUGAACAGAUUAGAUUUGAGUAAUAAUG